UUAUUUUGAUUUGUUCGAACAACCGUUGUAUGAGUAAUAGCGCCAUGGUUGCCGUUGCCAUUUGUUGUAUUCUGGUCCUGCUGGCCGUUUUCAUUGUUAUCAUCAUAGUGGUCGGCCAGACAAUGGGAGAGCCUAAGUGAGAUAAGCUUCAACUGGGACCUGGUAAUUUCCCAGAUGGAUAACAAAUGCCUACCAAUUGUUAGUACAUCUCGUUAAAUACC